CAUGGUUAAAAAUAAAAUGCUUUGAAACAUUGAAACAUUAAUGUACUCCAUAAGAAGAUUUGGCGUAUUUUCUAAAAACAUUCCAACAUUUAACAAAUCUGAAAUAUGUCAAAUACACACCAUACAUGUUAUCCGUAGUCUGCCGUCCCUCCAGGACCCUUGAGGGGGAUAGAAAGCUUGUGGCCGACCUCUCUCGCCCCGGACAGACUUGUUGAGUCCUUCCUCUCUGGCAGGAGGCAGAAACGCCUUCCUCCCAUCAUCAGCUGGUGUCAUUAACCAAGUCCGAGUCCCCACUGACCAGACUCUCCAUGACAUUUGCACAGCCCAUCUAAUUCGUUUGAACGUAUAUGUUAUCUGAUUAUAUAUUUUAGAUCUUAUUUCAUUUUAUAUACAUAAUGUGGCACCAGAUCACAUUCCUAGAUGUGUAACAUAAUAAACGGCUUCUGAUUCUGAUACAGCAUAAAUACUUUAAAAACAAUAUUAUGAAAGGUGGUUAAGCAUCAAUGCUUGCGAUGGUCGAAUAUUCAGGAAUGUAUCACACAAGUAAACGAACAAUAUUUCCUGCAGUGUUCAAAGACUCGUAAAGGGCAACUUCUCUCGCCUGCCACUAGGAACUAAAGUGUAGGUUGUUUCCACCCGAACAGAAAAUACGUGCGCACCGUAGGUCGAGCUGUCGGAGGCGCUUGACACUAGCAACUAGCAGCUAACAGCAUGUACGCCAACAGGUGCGAACGUCUCGUGCGAGGCUUUGUCGGCCGUCAGAGGAGCGCGAGUAGCUGGACGGCGGUGUGCACACAGCGGGCCGUGUGCAAACAGCGGGCCGUGUGCAAACAGCGGACACAGCCCACCGUGACAUGUCACACCAGUGCUCGCUCGGUGGACCCCGAUGAGCUGAGGAGGUUCCAGUCACUGGCCGGCAAGUGGUGGGACGACCAUGGAGAGUUUGCAGCUCUUCACGCUUUGAAUGACUUGAGGGUGCCUUUUAUACGGGACAACCUGCUGAAUGUGCACAGAACCCGUGUUCCCGGGAAGCCCCUCGGCGGGCUCCGGAUCCUGGACGUGGGCUGCGGAGGAGGCCUGCUCACAGAGCCCCUGGGUCGCCUGGGUGCCAACGUGUUGGGCAUUGAUCCAGUAGGCGACAGCAUCGGUACGGCCAAGCUGCAUUCGUCCAUCGACCCGGACCUUCGCGACCGGGUCCGCUACCGGGCCUGCACGCUGGAGGAGCUCUCAGCGGAGAGGGAGGGCGGAGGCCGGGAGGAGCAGGGGGCGGCCCAGUUCCACGCCGUCGUGGCCUCCGAGGUGGUGGAACAUCUGGCCGACUUGGAAACAUUCGGCCUCUGCUGCAACCACGUGCUGAAGCCGGGUGGUUCUCUCUUCAUCACGACCAUCAAUAAAACCAACCUGUCCUACGCGCUGGGUAUCGUCGUAGCCGAGCAGCUGCUGCGCAUCGUUCCCAGCGGGACGCACGACUGGGAGAAGUUCAUCAGCCCGGUAGAACUGGAGCGCCUCCUGGAGUCCAAUGGUUUCUCAGUGCAGUCCGUCCGAGGGAUGCUGUACAACCCCGCGUCAGGAGCCUGGAGCUGGACCGACAGCACUGCCAUCAACUACGCCCUCCACGCCGUCAAAGUGCGAGACGACCCCGACGCAAACCAGGCCGAGGGCCACGCGGAGGCAGCACACAGCUGAGCCAGACGACUCGGGAGCAAGUCAGAAAAGAAGUGGAAAAACAUUCAGAUUCCAUGCGUGGAAUGAGACUGAGGAAGAACUCGCAAUGUUACCGAGCCGCAGCCUAAGUAACCUUGAGUCACACGGUUGGUUUUCCAUCAGCCUUCUAUGCUGUGAAGCGAUACAAAGAGGUGUGUUUAAAAUGGGAAUGUUUUUAGUGUUUGAGCUUGAAAAGGCAAAUCGUGCAUCCUGUAAUUGUUCACUCAGCGGCAGAGAUGCACGUAACCAAACCAAUGCAGAGUUUGUGAUUUCUGCACUGAAUCCGCUUUCUGUUUAAUGUUGAAUAUAUUGUAAUUUGCCACAUCCCUUAUUAAAAUGGUUCUUUC